AUGGCGGCAAGCUUCAAGAAGCCCAUCUCGAAACCAAAGUACCGCAGAAGGAAUGCCCUUAUGGGUUCGCCGGUGUCCAGCAUGCCAUCCCGAUCCCCUAACUGCGAUACAUCAAGUGCUAAUCUCGUACGUUUUCAUCCCAAAAUUUCUCCUGCCAGGGCCAAGGCCGGCUGUGCAGCCGUUUCGCCGUCGUCGACCUUCUGCCUCCUCACCAUAGCACCAGCAGGAUCACCUCUCACUGCGACCAUUCCGUCAUCCUCAGAUGGAACGAGCUCGGUGACGUUGAGCCACCGGUACGGCCCAUGCUCGCCGGCGGAUCCCAACUCCGGCGAGAAGAGGCCAACCGACGAGGAGCUGCUCCGCCGUGACCAGCUCCGAGCUGACUACAUCCGACGCAAGUUCUCCGGCAGCAACGGCACGGCCGCCGGCGAGGACGGCCAGUCGUCCAAGGUGUCCGUGCCGACCACGCUGGGCUCCUCCCUGGACACGCUGGAGUACGUCAUCUCCGUCGGGCUCGGCUCGCCGGCGGUGACGCAGAGGGUGGUCAUCGACACCGGCAGCGACGUGUCGUGGGUGCAGUGCGAGCCGUGCCCCGCCCCGUCGCCGUGCCACGCCCACGCCGGCGCGCUGUUCGACCCGGCCGCGUCGAGCACGUACGCGGCGUUCAACUGCAGCGCCGCCGCGUGCGCGCAGCUCGGCGACAGCGGCGAGGCCAACGGCUGCGACGCCAAGUCGCGGUGCCAGUACAUCGUCAAGUACGGCGACGGCUCGAACACAACCGGGACGUACAGCUCCGACGUGCUGACGCUGUCCGGCUCCGACGUCGUCAGGGGCUUCCAGUUCGGGUGCAGCCACGCCGAGCUGGGCGCCGGCAUGGACGACAAGACCGACGGCCUCAUCGGCCUCGGCGGCGACGCGCAGUCGCCGGUGUCGCAGACGGCGGCGAGGUACGGCAAGUCCUUCUUCUACUGCCUCCCGGCGACGCCGGCCUCGUCGGGGUUCCUCACGCUGGGCGCGCCGGCGAGCGGCGGCGGCGGCGGCGCGUCGCGGUUCGCGACGACGCCGAUGCUCAGGAGCAAGAAGGUCCCGACGUACUACUUCGCGGCCCUGGAGGACAUCGCCGUGGGCGGGAAGAAGCUCGGGCUGUCGCCGUCGGUGUUCGCCGCCGGGUCGCUGGUGGACUCCGGCACGGUGAUCACGCGGCUGCCGCCGGCGGCGUACGCGGCGCUGUCGUCGGCGUUCCGAGCCGGGAUGACGCGGUACGCGAGGGCGGAGCCCCUGGGCAUUCUCGACACGUGCUUCAACUUCACCGGCCUGGACAAGGUCAGCAUACCGACCGUCGCGCUGGUGUUCGCCGGCGGCGCCGUCGUCGACCUCGACGCGCACGGCAUCGUGUCCGGCGGCUGCCUCGCGUUCGCGCCCACCCGCGACGACAAGGCCUUCGGCACCAUCGGCAACGUGCAGCAGCGCACGUUCGAGGUCCUGUACGACGUCGGCGGCGGCGUCUUCGGCUUCCGCGUCGGCGCUUGCUGAUCGGCCGGACGCACGAACGUCGAGGCUGGUCUUGUACUGUCGUACAUAUGCAUGCAUGGAUCUCUUAUCGACUAGUUUGUGGUUGUGAGAUAAGAAUACUAUUACUAUAUACGUUUGCAAAAAUUCAUCAACACGUAGU